AUGGCAGCGGGAGGUAAGUUGCUGGUUGCGCUAUGCUUCCUGUUUGCGAUAGCGGCUGCUGUAGAUCGGAACAAUUUCAAAACUUGCGAUCAAAGUAGUUUUUGCCGUCGACUCCGGUCACUUGAGCCACAAACAAGCGAAUUUGAGGUACUUCCGCAGACACUGCAGCAGUUCAAGCAAUAUAUCACGCUCACGCUUGUGCACCAGCGCACAAAGCAUGAGUACACGCUGAAGCUGGCCUGCCUCAAAGGAGGUGGCAUGAUGCACUUCCAGGUGGACGAAAAACAACCAUUGAGUGUGCGCUACCGCGUCCAGGAUGCGCUCGUCCGUGAGCCGCAGUAUGGCCCGACGAAGGUGGAAAGUACCUCGGCCACGUUGAUCAUGGUGGCGUGCGGAGAAGGCGAGGCAAAGGCCGCGGUGCAGGUGGCACCAUUCAAAGUGGACUUCUUCCAGGACGGCAAGUUGGUGGUGUCGACGAAUGCGAAGGGCAUGAUGCGGUUUGAGCACCUGCGCAAGAAGCAACAGUCCGAGCAACAACCGGAAGAGGAACAACAGCAACCGGAACAGGCUGAGCACAAGGAGGGCGAUGAAGCGGCCAACGAGGUCGAACCGGCAUCAGCUCCAUCGGAAGAUCCCGGUGCGUGGGAGGAAAAUUUCAAAUCCCAUCACGACUCGAAGCCAAAAGGACCUGAGGGGUUGGCGCUCGAUUUCACUUUCCCACAGGCAAAGGUCCUGUUCGGUAUCCCGGAGCAUGCUGAUUCAUUCGCACUGCGCCACACAGCCACUAAGGGCACCGAUCCGUACCGGCUGUACAACUUGGAUGUGUUCGAGUACGAGCUCAACAACGGCAUGGCACUUUACGGAUCGAUACCGGUCCUGUACGGACACGGCGAGACUUCGACCACGGGCGUGUUCUGGUUGAACGCGGCCGAAACGUGGGUGGACAUUUUCAGCGCGAACCGCGAAACGGAUGUGGUAUCAUCGCUGGUAAACCUGGUCUCGUGGAACAGCCAAGCGGAACCACCGGCGGCCAAUUUCAUCUCCGAAAGCGGUAUCAUGGACGUCUUCGUACUGCUCGGACCCACACCGAUCGAUGCGUUCCGUCAGUACACCGACCUAACCGGGCAUGGACCGCUUCCACAGCUGUACGCCAUCGCGUACCACCAGUGCCGAUGGAAUUACAACGAUGAGCGCGACGUCGAGAUGGUAUCCGCCAAGUUCGACGAACACGACAUCCCGAUGGACACGAUGUGGCUCGAUAUCGAAUACACGGAUGGCAAGCGCUACUUCACCUGGGAUCACCAUAAGUUCCCGCAUCCGGUCGAGAUGAUCAAGAACCUAACCGAACUUGGCCGGCAUCUGACGAUCAUCAUUGAUCCACACAUCAAGCGCGAUAGUGGCUACUUCUUCCACAAUGAGUGCACCGAUCGUGGUCUGUACGUGAAGAACAAGGAUGGUGGCGAUUACGAGGGCUGGUGCUGGCCCGGAUCGGCCAGUUAUGUGGAUUUUUUCAAGCCGGAAGCGCGCCGGCACUACGCCGACCAGUACUUACUGGAGAACUUCCGAGAGCAGGCGGAAACGGUUGGCAUUUGGAACGACAUGAACGAACCGUCGGUGUUCAAUGGACCUGAGGUGACGAUGCUGAAGGAUAACGUGCACCAUGGAGGGUUAGAACACCGGGACGUCCACAACCUGUACGGCCACAUGCAGCUGAUCGCGACUUUCGACGGUUUGUUGCGACGAGGCGCUGGAAAGCUACGUCCGUUCAUACUAACGCGCUCACACUUCGCCGGAAGCCAACGAUAUGCCGCUGUCUGGACUGGCGAUAAUAUGGCGGAAUGGGGUCACUUGCAGGCAUCGAUCAAGAUGUGCCUCUCGCUGGCCGUGUCCGGUAUUAGCUUCUGUGGUGCGGAUGUUGGUGGAUUCUUUGGUAAUCCGGAUGGCGAGCUUUUCGCGCGUUGGUAUCAAACCGGCGCAUUCCAGCCAUUCUUCCGUUCGCACGCCCACAUCGAUACGAAGCGACGCGAACCGUGGCUGUUCCCGGAGGACGUGAAGUUGGUGAUUCGGGAUGCGAUCCGUAAGCGCUACCAGUUGUUGCCGUUUUGGUACACGCUGUUCUAUGAACAUGAGCGCAGUGGUCUACCGAUUAUGCGACCGUUGCUGGCACAUUACCCGACUGAUGUGAAUGCAUAUGCUAUCGAUCACCAGUACAUGCUUGGGGAUCAGCUGCUGGUUGCGCCGGUGCUGGAUCAGAAGCAGCAAUCGCGCCGGGAUGUGUACUUCCCAGUGCGCGCUGAUGGUGAAGGAGAUUGGUGGUACGAUCGUGAUACCUACCGUAAGCACACCGGCACCGGUGUUGAGACGAUCCCCGUCGAUAGCUACAAGAUCCCGGUGUUCCAGCGAGGUGGCACAAUCCUGCCGACGAAGGAGCGAGUGCGCCGUGCGUCGACUCUCAUGCGGCAUGAUCCGUACACGCUGACGGUGGCGCUUGAUCGAAACGGACGCGCUAAGGGUACGCUUUACAUCGACGAUGAGACGAGCUACGAGUACCGGCGGGGUCAAUAUCUGUACCUCGAGUUUGAGUAUCGUGAUGGUGUGCUUAGCAGCCGGAAAAUCGACAACACAGCAAGCUACCAAACCACCAGCUGGCUUGAGCGCGUCGUCAUUGUGGGCCUGGCCAAGUCACCAUCAGCUGCGACGGUUUACAUCGAUGCCUCUGGGGCUUCCGGUGGCCGGUUGGAGUUGGAUCGUGCCGGUGAGGUCGUCACGGUGCGCAAACCGGGCGUUUCCAUGCUGGAUGCCUGGUCCAUCAAGCUCGAGUUUUAGGGCCGUAGCAGGUGUACUCAUCUUUGCGAACAACGCACUCCAGCACCAGGCGAAAAAAUAGAUAAAUAGUGGCACGGCCAUGUUUUCGAGCCAUUGUUGCUCGAUAGGCACAUAAACACGGUAGACAUUCAAUAAAACAACCGAUUUCCAUCU